AUGUUCAGUAUAAUAGUUUUACUCAGUAUCGGUGUACAGAAUCUACACUGUUCGUCAGUUCCGCCUGAAAUAUCACGUUUAAACUUUUUUGACACCGACCUCCUUAGAUAUUUGGCUGAAAACAAAAAAGGAAAUGUCCUGGUAUCACCAGCCAGUGUUAAAUCGACACUAUCGAUGAUUCUCGAAGGAGCCUCUGGUGCGACAGAGGAAGAAAUUAGAAGUGCCUUAAGACUUUCCCCAUAUAAAUUCGAAUUUAGGGAACAGUUAAAUAUUUAUUUAAAAGCUUUGAACGUCAACACAACGGGAGUGGUCUUGCAAAAUGCAAACGCCAUAUUUGUAUCUAAGACUCAGAAAAUUAAAAAAGACUAUGAGCAGAUUUUACGUCAGGUUUAUUACGCUGAUAUUAAAACAGUGGACUUCAGUUACAGCAACAACGCUUCAGACGCUAUUAAUCAAUGGGUCAACCAACAAACAAAAGGCCUCAUACCGAAUAUAGUUCAGCCUUCUGAUAUCAACCCUCAAUCAGAGUCGGUGAUAGCGAACGCCCUGUACUUCAGAGGUUCAUGGAAGAGAGGUUUCAACCCGCGUCACACAAGACCAGCAUGUUUCCACGUCGAUAAGGGUUGCUUGAAGGUCGCCAUGAUGGAACUGCAUCACGAUCUCAAUUACGCGUUCGUUGAAAAUUUGAGAGCUCAUGCUCUUGAACUUCCUUACGAGGGAAAUCGUUACUCGAUGUUUUUAUUGGUGCCACAAGAGAAGACGGGACUUAACACUCUGUUAAGAGAUCUGCCGUACAUGAGUCUACCACAGAUAACACCAUUUAUGGAGAACACUAAUGUUCGUCUUUUUAUGCCGAAAUUCAGUAUUGAUUAUAGUGAAAGCAUGGUUGGCGCUCUUCGCAGUAUGCGCGUCACUUCACUGUUUUCGAAAAACGCUAGCCUACCGGGAAUGUUCGAGAAUCAAACAAGUGAAGUGAAUGAUAUUAUGCACAAAGUACACAUGUCGGUGGACGAGGUUGGUACUGUAGCAGCCGCGGUGUCCGUGGCUGUAGUAAUACCACUCAUAGAAGAUGGCAUUCAAUUACAAGUGGACAGACCGUUUGUAUUCUUCAUCAGAGACAACGAAUUAGAAAUAACAUUGUUUGAAGGAAAAAUUGAAGAACCGUCUGUUUACGUUGAAACAGCUGUUUUGGUGGUCGCAGUGGGCCUUUCAAGUGCACGGUGGUUACGCAAACAAAGGUCAGAUGAAUCUAAAGAAGCAUGUUUCGUUGGCAAGGCAACAUAUGAACUUUCUACCACAAUGCUACAGGGAUAUUUAGACGAUGACACAAAUAUCGCGUUUUCUCCCUUGGGCUAUUCGGCGAUUUUGGCUAUUUUAGCAGAGGGAGCGACGGGUAAAACUAGAAAUGAAUUAAUAUCAGCCUUACAUCUGCCCGAAGAUCAAAAUCUUACAAGGAAAACUUAUAAGGAUAUCUUAGAAAGACUAAAAUAUAGGAACGAAUACAAACAUAAUCAACCCGAAUUGAAAAAUUUCUUUUACAUUUACAAAAAUUAUACCAUUAAUGAAGACUACAAGAAGAUUUUGGAAGACUAUUACUUAACAGACGUUCGUUCCAUCGAGAGACAGUCUUCUAUAGAAGACUUUAAUUCGGAAGAAAAUGAACCUGAAAUAAAAGAAGAAGCUGCACCAAAAACAGAAGAAGUCUCAGAUCUUAUCCAACCUGAAGAAUCUAAUGAACAGCUAUUUUCAUACGCAGUUAAAGAUAUACCAGAAAAAGUUUAUAAACCAGCUAAAAACAUAAAAGAACAAAUAAAGCUAGUAAAGACAACUGAAGAUAAGAAAGAUAUUGGAGAUGAAGAAGAGACUAUGGUUGCAGUUGAAGCAAGAAACCACGCUAGGAGCCUACAAGUGUUGAACCAGAAAAAAGACAUUGCUUCAAGCAUUUCUGUCAACAGUGUGGGUGAUAAGUCCAGUAAAUCUGUAAAUUCUUUGAUGCUUAUCUUCAACGGUAUGUACUUCCGUGGUUCUUGGAAGAAAGCAUUUGACAAGAUCGAACCUGGUUUGUUCUACAAAUCUAGUUCAGAAAAGAAGCAAGUUCCUAUGAUGAAGUCCCGUGGCAACUUUUUAACUGGUUCACUGCCUGAUUUGGACAGUGAAGCUAUUUUAUUGCCAUAUGAUGGUGACCGUUACGCUCUAAUCCUUUUGGUCCCUCGUUCCCGAGAUGGUCUUGUCCGUCUAGUCGCUGACCUCCCAGACACUACUCUAGCCGAGAUACAAGAGAGCCUUCGUGAAGAGGAAUUAGAAGUUUCUGUGCCCACUUUUUAUGUUGAGACUACUACAAAACCAGUUACUACUCUUGCUAAGUUUGGUGUAAGCAGCAUUUUCGGGCAUGAGGCUGAAUUAUCUGGUAUUUCCUCCAAAGAGGGUUUAUUCGUUCAAGAGCUGGUGCAAAACGUUGCCGUGCGUGUCGACAAUACAGAUGCAUCAGCGGCCUCGAUCUCAGCGAGCAACGUCGUUGGGGAUAUUGAAGCAGUCGAAUCUGAAUUGAAGAGUUUACCACUCGUUGAAACGGAAGGACCUCGUCGUUUCUGCGUGGAACGGCCCUUCGUAUUUUACAUCAUCGAUCGCCUAGAAGGGCUUGUAGUUGUGACCGGCAAGAUCAUCGACCCUGAAUUACAAAAUGACGUUUAA